AUGCACUCAUCUGUUUUUUUCUCUGCAAAAAGCACAAAUCCUGGGCACUCAGAGCAUAAUAUCGGUAAUCGAGAUUCUCUAAACCUUUCUAAGAAUUCUUGAGAUGCUGCAUUCAGUGAUAUAUCUCUGGCUAAAUUCAUAUUAAGGACCCUUUCGACUCCCAAAGAUUUCAGCUUUCCUGAGAUUUUAUUGAAAGCCUCUUGAGGGGAAAUAUUGAAAUAUUUAGAAAUUGCAAAAAUUGUUUGCUGAGAUAAGGAAAUUGCCAUUCUCAUUUGGCCAAGAUUUUUUCUAAAAAUUUCUAAGGAAUGCUGCUCAAGAAAAACAGCGCUAGAUGAAGUAACGCAGCCGCUGCAAGCUAAGCAAUCACUUAAACUCACCUGAGCUGUCUGAGCAGAACUUGUUUUAAUCAUUGAAGAGUGUACGGAACAAUUUGCUGAAGGAUUCAAAAAAUCGUUCAGAUCUGUGAUUUUAACAAUCCCUGAGAACUCCAUAAUUUGCAAAUUAUUUUAA